AUGUCUACGAAGACCCUGGAAGCUCGCUUUGAGCGGUUGGAUGUGAACGAUGAAAACGAACCGCCAGCCAGCCAUCAUAUCAAGGCAAAGGGAGUGCCAUCAAAAUGCGGCCCAGCUCCAGCUCAUGGGAAUCCCACCUCCAACAGGCCGAACCUCUUGAAGCUAGCGCUGCAAAACAAUAACGAGUCCAAAUCACACAGAAGCCCUCUGGAAGAGGAAUCUUCUAAUACAUUGCGCAUGAAUGACUCGGCUGGAAACCCUAAGAAAUUCCACCUCGGCAUGUUCGAGAUUGGCAAACCACUCGGCAAAGGAAAGUUUGGAAGAGUAUAUCUUGCCCGUGAGAGGUCAACCGGCUUCGUAUGUGCAUUGAAAGUACUGCAUAAGAGCGAGCUUGUCCACGGACAUGUUGAGAAGCAGCUUAGACGCGAGAUUGAGAUCCAAAGCAACCUACGACACCCCAACAUCCUGAGAUUAUAUGGUCAUUUCCAUGACAGCAAGCGAGUAUUCCUAAUCCUUGAGUUCGCCGGUAAGGGUGAAUUAUACAAACACCUUCGAAAGGAAAACCGCUUCCCUGAAUGGAAAGCAGCCCAGUACAUUGCCCAGAUGGCAGCUGCGCUGAAGUACUUGCACAAGAAGCAUGUCAUGCACCGUGACAUCAAGCCAGAGAAUAUCCUUGUUGGCAUCCACGGAGAGAUCAAGAUUAGUGAUUUCGGCUGGAGUGUGCAUGCCCCCAACAACCGAAGGCAGACGAUGUGUGGUACUCUCGACUAUCUCCCUCCAGAGAUGCUCAAGCCAGGCAACGGUGAUAAGUGGUAUGAUGAGAAGGUCGACCUGUGGAGUUUGGGUGUCCUUAUAUAUGAGUUCCUCGUUGGUGAAGCUCCCUUUGAAGACUCCCCAGUCAUGACCCACAGGAGAAUUGUACGGGGAGAGAUGACCAUCCCAUCUUUCGUGAGCCCAGAAGCCAGAGACCUUAUCAAAAAACUUCUCGUUCUUGACCCUGCCAGCCGAAUCCCGCUGGAUGAAGUUCAACGACACCCAUGGAUCUUGAAGUACUGUGUCAAAGGCGAGAGAGUGGCGCAGAGAGAGGCUGCCGCCAGCAAGAGCAAAUCGAAAUAA